CGGAGGAGUUCGCUGCAGUUGUCGCUGGCCGUGGAGAUGGACGACAGCCAUCGCUUCUCCGACUCCGAGGUCACCACCGGCAGCCCGAACCACUUCUCUCCGCAGUUUCCGCCGGCGGAGGCUGAGCUUGGCUUUCCGGUCGCCCAGGCGGCGGCGUUCAGCCGCCUCUCGGAGCAACUCGGAUGCCUCCUCCACGCCCCGGAGCUCAACUUCUGCUCUGACGCACGCAUCGGCGGGGUGCCUGUCCACCGCUGCGUGCUCUCUGCGCGGAGCCCCUUCUUCCGGGAGAAAUUCGCGGCUGGGGCGACCGAACUCGAGAUCGUUGAUCUGGCGGAAGGAUUUGAGGUCGGGCCUGAGGCACUUGUCGCUGUGCUCCAGUACAUCUACACCGGCCGCCUAGAGGAGCUCCCCAUCGGCGUGGCGGAAUGCGUUGACGAGAGCUGCAUCCGCCACGAGGCCUGCUGGCCCGCCCUCCAUUUCAUGCUCCAGGUGCUCCACGCCGCCUCCACGUUCCAGAUCCACGAGCUCGUCAGCCUUUUUCAGCGGCGCCUCUUCGACAUCCUAAAUGAAGUAGCCAAAGAUGACAUCCUCCCUAUCCUUGUUGUUGCAAAUUUGAACAAGAAUCAUUGCGGACAACUACUCAAGAAAUGCAUCGAAUUGGUAGCCGUAUCUGAUAUUGAGUCCGUGACACUGGAAAAGAAGUUGUCCCAAGAACUUGUGAAGCGCAUCCUUGACGUCCGAGCUCACUUGAUGUUGGGCGGUUCAAAUGGCCUCGGACUUCCUGCUGCCAAAAAGAUCUAUGGUGCUCUUGACACAGAUGACAUUGAGUUAGUCAAGCGGUUUAUCGACGGCAAACCUACCAUUCUAGAUGAUGCCAAGGCUCUGCAUUAUGCAGUAGCAUUUUGCCAUACGAACGUCACAAAACAGCUUCUGGAUCUUCAUCUCGCAGAUAUCAACGGCAGAGACCACAGAAAUCGUACCGUGCUUCACAUUGCCGCGAUGAGGAAAGAGCCUGAAAUCAUAAUGUACUUGUUGGACAAGGGAGCUCGACCAUUCGAUGUUACGACGGACGGAAGGACUGCCCUUCAAAUAGCCAAGAGGCUCACUCGGGCUGUGGACUACAGGUCAGUCGGAACUGCUCCAACUCCAAGAGAACGAUUGUCCAUCGAGGUGUUGGAGCAAGCUGAAUCGAGAGAUUCUGUUACAGAAGUAACUUCUAUUCCAGUCGAAAUGACGAGUGACAAUCCUCGGGAGAAGUUAUUCUAUCUGAAGAGCAGAGUUUGGCUGGCCGAGUGCCUUUUUCCUGCCGAAGCAAAAACUGCUAUGAACAAUGCCAAUGUGGAAGGCGCCCUCAAGUUCCACAGUAGUAAUUCUUGUGCAGGGAGCAAGCGAUCGGCCUGUGAUGUUAUAAAGGCACCUUUCAAAAUGACAGAGGAGGACUUCCGUCUGAUGAAUGCCCUAGCGACGACAGUGACACUGGGAAUGCGUUUCUUCCCGCGAUGCUCGAAGCUGAUCAACAAGUUCCUCGACGAAGGCCUGUCUGAUCGACUGACUGCAGAGCUUGACACUUCGGAAGAGCGGAAGAACAGAUUUAACGAGAUUAUGGAAGAUUUUUCCUUGGCAUUUACUGAAGAUAAAAAAGAGUUGGAAUAUGCAUCUCCCUCUGCUUCAACUUCGAAAUCUACAAGACGAGGCUCCAAGGCGGCCAAAAGAUGUCAAUGAGACACUGCCUUGAUGACUUUGUUCGUUGUGCGAUUUUGCGCCAUUGUUCAUAUGUUUGUAAAAUGUGAAGGUUGGAGGAAAUGUAUUUGAGAUUUGAGAAUAACACUCUCCCUUAAUCGAAGAUUCCAGAUAGUUGGAGCAAAAGGUGGGUAGGUAAAUCAUGAGGGCAUUUUAGGGUAACUAAGAAUAGAUCAACUAUGAUUAAUCUCUCUUUUUCUUUCACAUGUAUAUAACUUGAAGUUGGAAGCUUUGAGGUUUGGAAUGAA